GACUUUCAGAUCACCAGACUCUCCCACUUCGACUAUGUCACCCCCGAGGACCUGGAGAAGAUCAGCAUGGGCAGGCCUGCCGCCCGGAGACUGCUGGAGGCCGCCAAGAAGAGAAGGGCCUCGCAGUGGAGGAAGAGCCUGCUGAAGAGGGUGAUCCCCGGGGUUGCCACGGCCAAGUCCUCCGGGAAGAAGGUCGACUCAGAGAUAUCUUCCGCCCUCACCUGCCUUAUCCAGGAGAAAGAUGUCCUGCUGGGGAAUAAACUUGGAGAUGGAUCAUUUGGAGUUGUACGGAAGGGAGAAUGGACGACGCCUAGCGGCAGGACAAAACCUGUCGCUGUCAAAGUCCUUAAAGCAGAUGCCCUCACCCAGCCUGGUGUCUUCGAAGACUUUAUGAGGGAAGUACAAGCCAUGCAUUCGUUAGACCAUCCAAAACUCAUCAGGUUGUACGGUAUCGUGCUGAGCCAACCGUUGAUGAUGAUCACCGAACUCGCUCCCCACGGAUCUCUUUUAGACUACCUUCGGAAGCAGCUGGGACAACUCUCUGUCAGCCUUCUGUGGGAUUACGCUACUCAGGUCGCUCAGGGUAUGGCCUACCUGGAAGCUAAGAGGUAUCUUCAUAGGGAUCUCGCCUGCAGAAAUGUCCUUAUGUCUGCUAUCGAUCAGGUAAAAAUUGGCGACUUUGGACUGAUGAGAGCUAUCCCUGAGGAGACAGACUGCUACGUGAUGACUGCUCACUCCCGAGUACCAUUUCCUUGGUGUGCACCAGAGUCUUUGCGGAGGCGGCAGUUCUCACAUGCUUCCGAUGCCUGGAUGUGGUCUGUUGCGGUCUGGGAGAUGUUCACCUUCGGCGAGGAGCCUUGGAUCGGCCUCAAUGGUACAGAGAUUUUGGUGAAAAUCGACAAAGAAGGAGAAAGAUUAUAUAAACCCGAAGCGUGCCCUCCUAAACUGUACACCUUGAUGUUGCAGUGUUGGGACAGAGAACCAUCCGAAAGACCAAGCUUCCAGACGAUACAUUCUGUGAUGUGCCGAGAGGCACCAAGCAUAGUCAAGGUGAAAGAAGAGCCUACAGUACCUGAAUCGGAGCCACCAGGGCCUCUACUGAAUUCCGUCAGUGUCGGCGACUCUUUGGUUCUCAUCGAAGCUUACUCGGAAAUGUAUUGGGCUAAAGCCCAGUCUCUCGUCAGCUAUAACAUUGGUUACAUUCCAAGGUUUUGCCUCUCCAGCGGUAAGAUGGAUGGUUCUGAUAUUUCGCUUCCUCUCGAUAACUCAUUCAUUCACACCGGCCAUGGAUCUAUCGGAGGAGGUAAAACGUGGGGCUCUCCUUCGGUGAUCGACCCUGUGUACCUCAAUAACCCCAUGACGCCUCCGGAUCUCUUGGGAAUCCAACCACAAAACAAUACUAGAAAGAGCCUGAAAGUUACAACGACGAUGAAAGGCAGUCGCCAGUUCUCUUACAGGCGGCUUGUGUGCGAGAGUGGUAAGAGCUCCACAAACGAUCGAAAGCAGUCCAAGUUACCGCCAGAGCGGCCGCCUCCUCCAAACGUCGGGCAGUUAAUUGACAUCCCCUCGUCCCCGAGGCAUACUGUUAUAGACCAGCCCAUCAGCCAGCCAGUUGACGAGUCUGGUUGGGAUUCUGGUUACCCUUCGUCUGUGCAGGACAACUUACGAUCACGAUCACCCGACCCCUUUGAUACUUCCAAUGUCUUUCAACCUGAUUGGAAUUCAGAUAGACCAUUCGAACCUCCGGACUGGCCCAUCAACCAUGACCCCAUAGUCCCGACUCCAGACUUCGAUAUCGUAGAAAUGGGAACUCAGUCUGUUCCUCCACCUCAACAGCCUCCGCCUCAAAACACAUCUCAAACUUAUUGUAAUGGAGCAGCUUUCGCAGACUCGUCUUUGCCUCCGAAUCUUCCUGUGAAACAGAGGAGAGGAAAUUACGAACCAGUUGUCAACAACUCUCAAGGGGAUUUCAUGAAUGAACUUCAAAAUGUCCUCUCGAAAAGAAGCGACAUUCCAAAAUUGGAUCCACCCAAAGGUAAAAGCUUAUCAGUUCGUAACAAGUGGGAAAGCAAAGAUAUAAACUUACGUAGCGAAAGAACACAGUCAGCUUGGUAUGGAAAUCUGGAUCCUUACGCUCCGACGCCAUUACCUGUCGAAGCGAGAAACGAUGAACUCAAUCAGAAGAAUUUAGAGCUCAUAAAUCGGUUAUCCAGUAUGAAAUCUUCUAUGGAAACCAAAAAUGCUCUAUAUAAUAGAGUAUCUCCAGUCAGUUUUAAUCAGCCGGCAGAAUAUAACAAUUUAACAGCACUUCGGGAACCGCAGUUUGGCAGUACAAGAUCGGUCAAUGAAAAUAGUUCUUACGAUAAGUACGCAGCUUUUUCGCAGUUUAGAAAUAUCGACCAGAGUUCGAAUGCACCUGCUUCGAGUUCAAAUGGUGUUGCUUAUAGUAAUGCACCUUGUUCCAGCGAUGUUAGCGUUACCUCGAAUACUUACUCCCAGCUGAACUCUGUGUACAGUUCAACGUCUCGGUAUAACGAUGUAGAGACUGGCGCCUAUGGCUGUUCAUCAAAGUAUAUAAACACGGAGGACGAUCUGUCUGAAAAAAUUGGCCAGAUGUGGCUCAAUUCUAAGGGAAUGUCGAAAGACAGUAUCAAAAUGCACAACCAGUUAGUUGCAGAAUGCAAAAAGAAAGCUCGGAACCUGUACGAUCCUGUUGAGGCUAACUAUCAGAGGAUAAAUUACUGUUCGACUAACCUUCAGAACGAGGACGCCGUCAGAGAGCUGAUGAGGGCUGUUGAAGGUGCAGAAGAAGAAGAAUGCAAGUCCGCGCUCCAGGCCAACGGCUGGGACCUCCAAGCCUCCCUUAGGUAUAUCAAGCUCCAGAGGCUUCUAAGGCUGGGCAUAGCAACAAACGAAGAAUGUAGGCUAGAAUUAGAAAAAUGCAAUUGGGAUGUUGUUGUCGCAGCCUCAAGGCUAUUAGACCGGGAUAAGACGUGA